AUGGGAAACACAUCCUCCUCCUCCCGCCGCUCCCCCAAAGCCUCCCGCUCCAACUCCCGCAUCUCCCUCCCCAUCCCCGGCAGCGUCCCCAACACCACCUCCGCCCCCGGCUCCGCCAUCCCUCUCAUUGUAGGAAGCCGGCGCGACUCCUCCAGCCCUACCGCACAUCAAGACACCCAGACCCAGAACAGGAAUAGAAAUGAGGAACAGGAGCGGGAAGUGAAGGGCGUGAGAGUCCCGGAGAGCACGCAGCAGGUUAUUAGGGAUGUCGUCCAUGAUACGAAUGCGGAGCGAGAGAGCGAGGGCGAGAGGGUUAAUGGGCAUGGAUAUGGUGGAGCUGUUACGUUUGGAGAUAGACCGAUUUCGGAGGCGUUGAUGAGGAUGAUGCCUGGUGCGAUGAAGAGCACGCCUCCGUCUGGUUCGCCUCCCAAGUCGCCUCAGCCCCAGCCAGAGCCAGAGCCAGAGCCAGAGAUUGCGAUCCCAUCUCCAUUGCCUUCAUUAUCCCCAUCCCCAUCACCUUACCAGCCUGAACCGACACCCCAGCCCUUGACCUCCGAGACCACCCCCGGCUCAGAAGUAGAAUCCCAACCCCAACCGCAACGCCGACCAUCACCCACCCGAGCAGUCACCGCGAACGAAUGGAACGAAGAAGAGCGAGAGAGCGAAGAAGGAGAAGAGGAGGAGAGUGAUACGGAGCAGAGGAGGACGAGCGCUACGAUUGGGGAUAUGCAGGAUAUGUUGAAGAGGGCGGAGAGGGAAGCAUUAGCGACGAGGGGCAAGGGUGGUUUGAGGUGGGAUGGUGAUGUCGACUCAGAGGACGCUAAGACUGUAGCUGAAGCACCCGGUGCGUUUCCCAUUGGCGAGGAGAGUAAGGCCUGGGCGGAGCAUGAAGUUGAGAAGGAUGUCUCUGAGCGAAAUGAGGUCGAGCAGGAUCAAGAGCAGGAGGAGGUUCCGAGAGCGGUGAAGCGCAAGCGAGGGGACGAUACGCCUGUCGAUGAUACUCGUAUGACGUUCAGGCCUAGGAGCGAGGUCGAAGCCGAAGAGUCCUCCAGUGGCGAGUCUGACUCCGAAUCCAGCUCGCCACACGACGAAGAAAGUUCAGUAAGUUCCGACUCUGUUGAGGAACAGGAUCUCGGAGAACGUCGCGUCGGGAGUGACGAGGACGUCCCCAUCCCUCACGGUCCCUUCGAGUCCGUCUACUACGAGCCCACCUCUGCCACCUCUUCCCCCACAUCCUCUUCUUCCGGCGAGCUCAAUUCCGUCUUCUCUCCCCCUCACUUCGACAAAGAGAGCGAGGUCGCGGUUCAUCACGGACCGACGAUCGCUACUUCCAGGUCUCGGUCGCCUUCGCCCUCGAGUUCUCCAAACCCAUAUGCGAUCGCUCUCCCGCAGACGCCACAGCAACGCACGCCACACACUCCAGUUUCCGCUAUUCACCUCCCCAGCGCGGGCCACUUCCUCCCGCUCGCCUACUCCAGUCGCCAUCCCUCGUACUCGCCCGACCACGGCCACGAGCAUGAGCAUGAGCACGAACACCUCCACCCCAACGACUCGAAACCAUCGCCCUCGCCCUCGCCCCAAGUCCACGCUGCCCCCUUCCCUCUCCCUCCACCCAUCGUCAGCACUGACAUCAUCUCGGUAGCAGCUCCGAUCCCUCCAGCACGUCCAGCACGUCCCGCUCAUGCUCGCGAGAACACGGUUUACUACCCUGCCGAACCCGAACUGCACGUCGACAGCGUGGUCGAGGAGAUGAUGACCGCUGCUCCAGUCCCCACUCUCGACCCUUCACUCACAAUCGACGAGGACUCCUCAUUGUCACCCUCACUCCCAAUCGAUCAGGAUCCUUACGGCGAUCUGGCGCACACGCCCAUUCGUCCCCAUGCCACGGAUAAGGACGGCCACCACGUCGACAUGUUUCAUUUCUUCACGGGAGCGACGGAGCAGUCACAAUUGCCUUCGCCUACAAGUAGCAAUGAGUUCCUCGACCAUCAGGACCAGCAGGACCGCGACCGCGAGGCGGAGUUCGACCGUUACUCUCUUCCGGACUUUUAUCGAGAGGUCGAGGAGGGCAGCGAGGCUAAGCUUAGUCCCAGUUACGGAGAAUUGGCGGAGAGACUUCAGCUCAGCAGGAGUCAAGUCUCGGUCGGUAGAUCUCCGUCACUUGCGCCGCCACAACUUCCCGAGCAGCAUCCUUCGCCGUCUGCCGUUCUCGAGCAAAGUUUCCGUUUGGAGUCCAAGGUCCAGGAGCCGGAGCCGGUCGUAGUCGUCGAGCCUCAGCAGCCACCGUCGCCUGCGUUGUCGGGGAGGUCGCCUGACCAGCUCCCAAUCGUUUCACCGCCAAUUAUCAGUCCAGUUCCGGAACCUAAGGAGAGAAGUAUGGACGUUCUCGAGGCGGGAGUGUAUCUUAUGUCGGACGAGAGGUGGGAUACGUCCGUCGACCUUCACGGUGGCGAUCAUAGAUCCGCCAUCGCCUUCGGCCACCAUGGCGGCGACAAUCAACAGUGGGAGUUCGUUCCACUCGGCGAAGGAUUUGCGAUUCGUAGCCUGAAGAACUCGACUUGGAUGUGCGUGGAAGGCGAGGUUGUCCAGAAUGCGGCGGUGGUGACGUCGAAGUUCCCUGUAGCCUGGGAUGUGGAGGUCGUUGAGAGCAGCGAGGAGGACGAGGAUGUCGUGGUCAAGAUUCAUUGGCCAAACUCCAACCUACUGUUCGGAUUAGCGGACACGAAGCCUGGAACACAGGUACGGCUCACGAACAUCAUGCAGCACGACGUGAGCAAAUGCUGGCGCUUGCGUCCUCGGGUCUCUUCUGGCCAGGUGGUCUCCUCGUUCGAGACGCAGCAGCAGAGACAGGACGAAGAUGCGAUGACUGUCACGACAACUACGACGACUACGACGGUGAAGACGGUUACGAAAGUCAUGAGAAAGGGAACGUACUAAUUAUGGAGGGUAUACGAUAUGGCGAAGUAUUCUCAUUUAUGUUCGGGCUAGGAUGGCGUCCGUAUACGCACGGAAGCGAAGAAGGCGCUGGUGUCGUCAUUGGUAUUCGGCUCUAUUGCAUAACUUAUGAUCUGUCAGUGUUGCUGUAUCGCAUAUAACGCUCGUUUUGUAUCUGUCUAUGAAAAUUCACCAUGUCUC